GAUUUUAAACUAGUUGAUCUUAUUUUACAAAGUUCACAAACAUUAAGCAUUGCAGACCCUAUUGAUCUUGUAACAGAAAUUCAGUCUUUAAUUAAUCAUUUUCCUAUAAUUAACUUAAUACUUGCAAAUAAUUAUAUUAAAGCUAAUCAUAAUAUUAAAACUAAUGUAAUGCUUAGCGAUGCAGAAAUAAUCAAUACUAUACUUAAUUAUAAUUGUAAUGAAGAUAAUGAAGUUGAGCCUAAAGUUUAUGUUUGUUACAAAGAA